AUGAAUGACUCUAGCGAAAUAGAUGAAACUUUAGAAGUUGCUUCUAAAACAUGGGAUCGUGUCAUAGAAACUGCAAAUAAAACUGGUUUCAGAGAAGGUGUUGAUGUAGGAUCAGAGGCAGUUCUCCAAGAAGAUUUUGAUAGAGGUUAUGUUGAUGGAUUUAAAAUUGCUUAUUUUCUGGGAAAGUACAAAGGUCUUGCUAAUUCGUUGUUUAAAAAUAUAGAACAUCCGAAAGAAAUAAAUGACAUUCUUGAAAAAACACGCAGAGGAGCCUGUCAUAUUUGCGAUUGUCAAUAUUCUGGAGUUAUACAAGACCAAGCCAGUAUUCUCGCAAAACACGAAGAACAUACAUUAAAAAUAUGUAAAAUUUUACAAAGAUAUUUUGAACCUUUAUUAAAAAAUUUAGAAAUAGAUAUUAAUGAUAUAGACCUUAAAUAG